UUGAUGUCGGACUGCGGUUGUCCAACGACAGCUGACCCGGAGUUAAACAAAAAACUUCUCAAAGUUUUUCUGGAAGAUGAUGACGUUUAUUCUGGGGAGCCGCUGAGCAACCUUCCUAACUUCACUGUCUUCAGAGAGAGUCACAUGAAGGAAGCUUACGACAAAGCAAAUGAACUUUCUGGACUGGGCGUCUCCGAAAUGAUAGAUGUUCUCUCUGACCUAAAGAACCGACAUCCUAGCAGUACCUAUGGGGACUAUCUCUCCAGAAUUGCUUUGUUCCAGCAUCCAGAAACAAAUAACAUGACUCUUCCUCCUCCUCACCAAACUAUUCCGCGAGCUUUCUUCUCCAAAGACCAACUCUUAACCGGACCUGGAGAAAACAUUCCACCGGAUCCCCAAAAAACCCUUGUCGGAAGGGCUGUCACUUUGGACCCAGAACACAAGCUUAAUUGGUGGAGAGAGGACUUAGGACUAUCUGAGCACCAUGCUCACUGGCAUCUCUACUACGCUUGGUAUAAGCCAUUGAAAAUUGAGCGGCAGGGGGAGCUGUUUGCCUACAUGCAUGAGCAGAUGCUGGCCAGGUACGACUUUCAGAGACUAGGAGUGGGUCUCCCUCCUGUCCUUCCUUACGGACCAGGUAUUCACUGGGAUGAUCCAAUUCCGGAAGGUUUCAACCCAAAAUUAGAGGGUUUUUCCUUUAGGGCUUCGUACAUGAGCAUACCUGCCAGCGUGACAUUGGGUUCUCAACAAAUUCUUGCCAGCGUCAUGGAGACUCACAAGGAGAGAAUCUCUAAAGCCAUAACAAUAAACUAUUUCGAAGAUUCGAAUGGUAACAAAGUUCCGAUGACAAUGACCAAGCUAGGAUGCACCGUGGAAUCUGACGCGGGCUCGGCGAACAAGAAGCUCUACGGAAACCUUCACAACUUUGGGCACGUGGUCAUCGCUCUAAUCAACGAUCCUGAUGAGAGAUACGGCAUAAAAUUCGGAGCAAUGAUGGAACAAAUUACUGCCGCUAGAGAUCCCGUGUUCUUCAGAUGGCAUAAAUUCGUUGACAGCAUAUUUGAGGAAUACAGAGAGUCAGAUCACAUUCUACCCCAUACAAUUCACGAUCUUAAGAUGGAAGGAAUAGAGGUUGAUACUGUCUCUACACAAUGUGAGCCCGAUAAAGAAUUGGAUUCCAAAGAUCUAGUUGACCGACUCUACACCAAGAUGAUAGAAAAGAAAAUCACUGUUUACGUGGACAAGAAGGAAAAGAACCCGCUCAAGUCGAUGCUGCAGUAUUACCCGUUCAACUACCACUUCACAGUUCGAAAUAAGCGCGAGGAGAAAGCCUCUCUCGUCUUCAGAGUGUUUCUGGCCCCGAUAAGAUAUGCUGAAGACUUGGACGCAAGGAGGAGAGAUUUUGUAGAGAUGGACAGGUUCGUGGCGGAUAUAGACGGUGGGUCAGAGCAAACUAUCACCAGAUCAUCUGAAGAUUCCUCAGUUACUCUCCCUCCUACCGUUACAGUCCAGGAUAUACAAGAUGGAAAGUGUGGAGAUUCUCCUUACUCUCCAUGCGGAUGUGGUUGGCCAAGAAACCUGCUGGUCCCCCGGGGAACUUCUCAAGGCAUGUGGGCAGAUCUCUACGUGUUGGUGACUGACUGGAAGAAGGAUGCAGCUAACGAAGAUACAUAUCUGAGUGCAAGUGUGGUCUUCUGUGGAAAGAGGAAAUCCGAAUACCCAGAUAAGAAACCAAUGGGGUUUCCGUUCGAUAGGAAAUUUUCAAAAUCAAAAUUCCCUGACUUGGAAAAGAUGGUAAAAGAUGUGCCUAAUAGCGCUACAAAGCAGAUAAAGAUCAUAUUUCUGGAAAACUCCGACUAAACUUACGAAACUUCUCUACCUUUGUCAUCAUCUAAAGGAGCCUACAUUCAUUCUUCGCAAAAAAGACAAUUGGUUCGAUUGUUAAAUUUUUAUCUUCUUUUUAAUCUUAUUUUAACAUUCUUGUUAAAUUAAUUGUUGGUAGCUGUGAUGGGCUCCUCGUGCAGAAAUGCAUGAAUAUCUUCCUCCUCGCUGACACUUGUGUGAGCUUGGAGAAGCAUCAUGAGAGA